AUGUUUACAAAGAAACCAGAAAUUCACUCAAGAAAUCAAAAAACGGUGACCACUGUUGGCGGUGUCGGAGGCGGCGGCGGCGGAGGCACUGCCAGUGGUACUGGAGGUGGUGUUAGCGGCAAAAUCGGCAGAAAAGUGGCCCAAAAUUCGCCUAAUUUUAACAAAACUUUUGUCAACAAAACUAAUCCAAACAAUAGCCUUAAGGCUAAUAAUAAUAAUAAUAAUCAUCAAAAACAAGCCAUCGAUACGGAAUCCAAAGCAAGUCUACAGCAAAAGCUAAAAGAUUUGGAGGAAAGACUGGAAAAAUACGAUAGGGAUCGACAGCUAAUCACUGCUGAAUUGGACAGAGUAUGCGAACUGAAAGACAAUGAGAUCAGGGAUUUGAGGCAAACAGUUGACGAUAAGCAACGGGAAAUUGAUGACCAAUUUUGUGCGUUAAGGAAAUCGGGUCAACAGUUUGAGUCGGAGCUGGAGAGACACCGGUGCCAAUUGGUUAACAUUGCCGGCGACUAUCGUACUAAAGAGUCACUGAUUUUGCAACGAAAUCACGAAGAAACAGCUCAUGGAUCUGAACGAUUACAUUAA